GCCUCGAAGGCCUUCCAUUCCCAAACGAAUCCUUCGAUUUCGUGCACAUAAAGCGUAUCGCUCGAGGCGUACCAGAGGACAAGGUCCGUCUGCCUUUCCUCCAUCGUACUAUGCUGACACCGAAUAGUGGGACGACCUCUUCGAAGAAAUCACUCGCGUGAUGAAACCAGGCGCAGCAUUCGAAGUCGUCGAAGAAGACCUGACCUUCCCGGGGUCAGAUGGGGAAGGCAGCGAAGUUGGGACCCUGAGAAGUAAAGGAAGCAACAUUUCCAUGUCCAUCUCCAGUCUAAGCCCCGGGACCGGAUCAGGGAGGAGCAGCGCAGUUGGGAGCACGAGCAGUUCAUCGAGCUCUGCCGGUUCAGCUACCACCCCUGACUCUAUGUCCUCCAUCACCGUCAACGCCCACUCCCAUCGUGACGACCUUUCCAAACAAUACCCAACUAUAUCCAUCUCCCUCCCUCCUGACAACCUCUCAGCGCCUUCGACAUACCCGUUCAUCCAUCGUUCCCUAUCCGUUCGCCAGCCUCCCUCUGUCGAUAGGUCGCACGAGCUGAGGAGGCCGAGGACAGCUACUACACCUCCGAGUCACUUCUCGCAACCGAUCCCCUCCUCGCAAUCGUUCCCCCCGAACCCCUCACAGCAAAUCCUUUCGAACUCCUCUUCGCAGAGCACGUUCCUUUCUUUCUCCUCAGACAACAGCACACCAACACCAAGCACCAUGAACAAAAUUUCAACGCUUUCACUGACCCCCCACCCCCCACCAUCCCAGAAAUCUAACAAGGCUGCGCAGGCCGUGUUGAUGGAGCCUGCCUUUACUCCGUUUUUCGUCACUGUGGGCUCUAAAACUGGGUCUGGAUCUGGGUCUGGUUCUGGUUCUGCUUCCAUCAAUGGUUCCAUUGCUGGUUCCGGCUCUGGCUCUGCGUCUCUCUUUACUCCCAGUAUUGCCGGAACCAGUACAUCAAGCUCGGGUUCACCCCCAGCACCAAAAAAGAAUAAAGCAGCGCAGGCAGUGCUGAUGGAACCUAAUGCUGCCUUUUUUUUGCCGCAGAAUAAGAGCCGGGUUUCGUUGAUGGGGGAGAGCUCUAGCUCUAGUUCGGGUUCGAGUCAAUCCGGGAAGGAGAGCGGCAAGGGACGGAGCAGAGGCUCCUUGGGGAGUCGAGUGACCGGCUUGGGGCUAUUCGGUGUCAGGACGAGUCCUAGUGCAACCGUUGGAAGUCCGAGUGCAAGUUCGAGGGUGUUGGAUGAAGAGUCGGGUGAGGGAACGGGUCAUUUGGAUGUACAGUUUUCUGUUAGUACGCCGCCGGAUUUGCGGGGUGCGGCGUUUGAGCUAGGGAGCGUUGUACCACUGACACCGCCACUACCACUGGAUUCGCGAAGUGUCGUACUGCUGGACGUCGUCCCGCUGGAUCCGCGAGACCAUACGGUCCUCGAGACGAUCUACAAUGAGAUGCACGCGGAUCGGUUCAUUAACCUUUCUCCGUUGAGUUUGUUGGCUAAUACGGUGGGGCUGUGGUUCAAAGACGUUCGGACGCACCCGCCGAUCCUGUUGCGUUUCCCACCGCCGAGGGAACCUGAGAGCUCAAAUUCGCUAUCGGUAUCGAGCGUGGGUGGGUCUGGUGUUGGUGCCGACAGGAAUACUUACUCGAAGACCACGAUCAUCUCGCUGGAUGGUCUCAGCAACGGCGCAUCGCCCUACGCCUCCCUCGAUUGCGCAAUCUCUAUCCAACGACAGACACAAAUGCGGGCUCUGCCGAACCCCGCGUUAGAUGUCGACCUAAAGUUCUUGAAUCUCCAUCUGGCCCUGCGCGUGAAAGAGAUCGUAGCAUGCGCAGAAGCGAUGUGGGAGUGGGUAAGCGAGUUUCAGAGAGGCAUGGGGAGGACGGAUGGGGUGUAUGGCAAGAUCAUUGGGUUGACGAGGUCGCAGUUUGAUGAGCUGUUGUUGAGGUUUGAGCUGGAUAUGAGGGAGCACAUGGGUCUCGGAUCUGUGCUCGAGGACCGGUUCAAUUGGAGUAUGAUAUCGGGGCCGACACCGCAGGAGAAGCGCUCGUUUGACACUGCGUGCGAGAAAUGGGAGGCGUAUCGGAGGCUUGGGGGUGGGAGUGGUGAUCGAACCCCUUGCGCCGUCGGUGUCGCCGCUCCACACCCCGCUACGCGUCUGAGCCGCUCAUUACGAGUCUUCGUUGCAUGGAAGCCUACAGCAUGAUGAUCAUGAUCAGCGCUUCUUGCAGCCGGAUCUUA